GAAAAGAUAGGAUGGUUGGCAUCAACUGCAAUGAAGUGCUGGUGUGAGCAUGUCAAAAACGAGACCUUUGAAUGACCUUCAUCCAGAACGCUGUAUUUCAGACCUCUUGAAAAACUUCUGAUACAUCAUGGGGUCUGUCAGCAUUGUUGUUGGUGGAGGGAGUGUGUGUGACGCUCAUUGAGAGGUUCUUAUUUCCUCACUCGCUUUUGCUCUUUUUCCCUGCUGCUCUCUUUUUUUUUUUCUUUCCCUUUUUCUCUCCGCGUUAGCUCUCUCACAUUCCUCUUACAAUGCACACUUGGCUUGUCUACUUGGCAUGCCUGACGUGCUGCUUGUUUUCAGCUCAUGCCGCCGUUGUCGUAGUUGCUACAAAUGAAACCUACUUAGAUCGCAUCGCAGCGUUUGGGCCACGAAUUCCGGAAGAAGGUAUCUAUGGAUUCUUGAUAGAGCCAUCAGAUCGCUCUGGCUGUUCAGUAGUGGAGCCUGCAAGGUCGGAAAAUUGGAUAGCAUUGUUAGAACGAGGCGGCUGUUCAUUUAUUGAGAAAGUGCGAAACAUGCAAAGUAGUGGCGCCAUUGCCGUCGCUGUAGGCGACCCUGACCACAUUGGUUGGACUACCAUGUUUGCUCCUGGUGACACUUCGGACGUUGAGAUUCCCUCCGUGUUUUUAUCGCAGCAUGAAUAUUUGGCACUACUGUAUCUGUCAAAGCUGUUCAGCACUCCUAUGCUGGUUCAAAUGCUUCCAGAUGACCUUCUCACAUGGCCAUUGUUGGACGUUCUUGUUAUCGUUAUUCUCUCUCCAUCCAUAAUGAUGAUCUUUAUUUAUAUCUCAUGGAGAGUUCGUCAACGCCAGCGCCGUCAAAAAGAUUUGGCUCCGCAAAACGUCGUCACAAACUUGCCGGUCAAGGUCUUUCGACAGGUGGAGAGGAAAGAAAAUGAGCCUGAAGAGUGUGCGAUCUGCCUAGAGGACUACGUUGAUGGUGAAGAGCUGAGAAUACUACCUUGCAGGCAUGAAUUUCAUGUUGGAUGCGUUGACGCAUGGUUAACAACUCGAAAGAAAUUUUGUCCUAUUUGCAAGAGAAACGUCAUGGACGACCACUCCACUGAGGCCACGCCCUUGUUGGAUGUUUGAUUUCUUACCUACCUUUGUUGAAUAGCACAGUCCCCCAUUACAUACGACCCAAUACUUACACUCCUUGUACACUGUCUCCACUAUACUCAUCGCCUUUUUAAAUGCGAUCAACUUUCCUCAUCCCACUCAACUGUAACUGUUCAAAGAUUUGCAUAUGUAGUCACCUCAAUUUCAUUCCGUUGGUCUGUCGUGUCCAUCAUCUUUUUUUCUAUAUUUUUCCUUUGUUGUACUGUACACUCUAUUUUUUUCAAGGCUUCUCUUUUCUAUUACUCUCAUGGCCAAGUUUUUCCUAAUAAUGAAUGUGCUUAUAAGCUUUUAUCAUUAGAUGAAAUAA